AUGACCAGACCAAGCACACAAGCCCUUCUCGACGACGAUAUUUCUCUGGAGCAAACGCUGACCUCUGAGCUGAGAGCUGACCCUGACCAAGACAUGAGCGACCUUUACAACCCCAUCAGGUCGACCGGCUACAUCGUGGUGCUCACGCUAAUUGUGGGGGCCCUGCAGCUUGCCUGGUCCACGGAGUUCAGCGAGGCCACGCCGUUUCUGCUGUCGCUGGGAGUCUCCAAGCACGCCCUUGCCCUCAUAUGGCUGGCCGGCCCGCUUUCGGGCACUUUUGGCCAGCCGAUCGUCGGAUUGCUGAGCGACAAGUGCAACCUCGACUGGGGCAGAAGAAGACCGUUUAUCAUCGGAGGCUGUCUGGCCACGGUGCUGUCGCUGCUGUAUCUGUCGCAUUCCGCCAACAUUGUGGGCUGGUUUCUGCCAAACCGUGACAAGGACACCGUCAACCGGUACACGGUGCCAUUUGCUGCGGCCGGCAUCUAUAUUCUGGACUUCUCCAUCGCCGUCAUCCAGGCCUCGUGCCGCGCGCUGAUCGUCGACGUGGUGCCCAGCGCUCAGCAGCAAAUAGCCAACGCAUGGGCCGCACGCAUGAUCGGCGCCUUCAACAUCGUCGGGUUCUGGAUCGGCACCUGGGACCUGGCCGCGCUGUUUCCCUGGCUCGGGAGCUCGCAAUUCAAGGUUUUGAGCUGGCUCGUGGCCACCAUCAUGCUUGUGCUUACUGCCGCAGCCCACGCUACGACCUCGCUAUCCGCAUGGAACGCAAAAAAACAGGAAAAACGACUCAAGGACAUGGGCAUCGACGAGGAAAAUGCCACGGUGCUCACGGUGGUGAAAUCGUUCUUCUGGCAGGUGCUGCGGUCGAUCGCACGGCUGCCGCGCCAGGUCAAGAUCGUGUGCUACGCAGAGUUCUUCGCCUGGAUUGGCUACUUCCCGAUGCUCUUCUACACGUCAACCUACGUGGGGGAACUUUAUUUGUACGAGAACGGCUACAACAACCCGCUCAACCUGCCGGCAGACGAGCGCCAGCGGCUGCUGGACGAAGGCGUGCGGCGUGGAACAACAGCGCUGCUCGCCCACGCCGUCGUGACGCUCGCCGUCGACCUGCUAUUGCCGUACCUCGUCGACAAGUUUAGGGAUAACGAGUGGAUCAACAUGCGCCGCUUAUGGAUCUACUCUCACGUGGUGUUCAUUGUGGCCACACUUUCGACGUUUUUCAUCACCACCUCCGUCCAGGCCAUCGUGCUAUUUGCGUUCCUGGGGAUCCCGUGGGGCUGUGCCGUGUGGAUCCCGUUUGCCCUGAUCAGCGAGGAGAUUUCCCGUAUCAAGGACAUCAAGGCCGUCCAGAUCUAUGACCAGUACAAAAAACAGAGCGUGCCGUCGUCCGCCGAGUCUGAAAACACGCUAGUCACACCAGAAACAAGCUUCUAUCUGUCGAAAGUCAUGGUUGCAAAAUACGACCAUGUCGUCUACGACUCGGGCAUUUUGCUGGCAAUCCACAACGUCUUUGUUUCUGCGCCGCAGAUGCUCUCGUCGCUGGGCUCGUCGUUCCUGUUUAAGCUGCUACAAAACAGCGACAAGGACUCGUUUGACGACUCAUUGGGCUGGAUUUUCCGCGUUGGCGGCAUCAUUGGGAUCGGCGCGCUGGUUCUUAGCAUCCAGGUGAAAACUAACGCCGAGCUCUACAAGGAGGACAAGGCCGAGGCGCUCACGAUGCCCGAGUAA